AUGGCGCUCACCCGUCGGAGCGUCGUUUGCUCGGCUGUCUGCCUCGCACUUCUUGUCGGCCUUGCAUACGCGGGCCAUGAUCACGAACAUGUCGAGGCCGUGAACAAUCUCAAUAUUGACAACAUGAGUCUUGAGGAGCUCGACACCCAACUCCAGACCUGCCCAAUUGUCGAGCAACUCAAUGCCGCAAAGCACGCACACCAUGCUGCUGCCCCAUCGUCGAUGACCUCGCGCCUCUUCGCCGUUCUCUUCCCUGGUUCACCCGCCGUAAACGCCCUCCUUGCGACCCUCUACAUCUCCGGCCCGCCGAACUUCCUUCUCGCCCUCUGCCCGACCAACAUUGAUCCUGCUUCUCUUUCCGUCAUGGUUGCUUUUGCUGUGGGUGGUCUUCUCGGGGACACUCUUUUCCACCUUCUCCCCGAGAUUUUCGUUGGUGAGGACCAUGAUGAGGCUGUCAAGUUCGUACUUGUCGAGCCUAAUCGUAACCUUGUGCUUGGAUUGGGUAUCUUGGUGGGCUUUAUGACAUUCGUCGCUAUGGAUAAGGGCCUACGAAUUGCUACAGGUGGAGCUGGUCAUGACCACUCCCACGGACAUGGUGAUACGCACACUCAUUCUCACGGUGAGGAUAAGGCAGUUUCUUCCGGUGUUGAUGCUACAGAUAGUCUUGUCAAGUCUCGCAAGAAGGGUAAUGAGGACCAGGGUGCUGUUGUUGCCAAUGCUGUUGAGAAGCCUGAGAAGGAAAUCAACCCUAGCGUCAAGCUUGGCGGCUACUUGAACCUUAUUGCCGACUUUACACACAACAUCACCGACGGCUUGGCCAUGUCUGCCAGUUUCUAUGCCUCUCCUACCAUCGGAGCUACCACUACCGUAGCAGUCUUCUUUCACGAGAUCCCACACGAGGUUGGCGAUUUUGCUCUUCUCAUCCAGUCCGGCUUUUCUAAGCGAGCUGCUAUGGGCUCGCAAUUUAUCACUGCCUUGGGUGCUCUCCUCGGUACGCUCAUUGGCAUUGCUAUUCAGGAGUUCGGUAGCCCUAGCAGUGACAUCCCCAUGGGCCGUAAUGAGGGUAUCUGGGGAACUAGCCUGACAUGGGGUGAUAUGCUUCUUCCCUUCACUGCCGGUACAUUCCUCUACGUUGGAACCGUUGCCGUCAUCCCUGAGCUUCUUGAGACUGGUCCUAACAAGGCUAAGGAGCUUAAGAAUAUGCUUGUUCAGUUCUCUGCCGUGGCUAUUGGCGCUGGCAUUAUGUUGUAUAUUUCGUGGCACGACUAG